CGAGACUUGAGUUACUGUGUCUUGUGUUUGCUUGUGAUUGAUGAAUUACUGUCGUUCCGAAACACUUUUGUACACCUAUGUAUAUGCAUGUGCCGCCAGAAAGUCAUGUGCUCUAAUGUGUGAUUGAAGCCCGAGCUGAAAAAGUGCAAAAGCUUAGAUAAACCCAAUACCACUUACCGCACCUAUGAGUCAUCCCUUGAAUGUGAUGAGCCGAAUAUAUAGCGCGUGAAGUGUGCUCCACAAACGUAUAUAAUAUAGUUACUGCUCUUCUUUCGGAUCAGUUGUUAAGCACCAACCACAAAGUGGGCUUAUAAACAAACAACAGUGAGAUAAAAUUGUGAUAAGCCAGCGAGCGACGGGAGCAAAAAUAAAAAAAUAAAAAACAAACGAAACAUUUUUAAUAAAACUAAACCGCAAGUAAAUAAAAAUCAAGUGAAUGUGCAGCAGAAAAAACGCCAUAACUUGGCUAAAUGUAGUGGAAGCAACAGCAGCACUAAAAGUAAUUAGGGCCGGCAACAAUAACAUUGAGAUUAAAAAAAUAAUAACACCGAGUAAAUAAAACAAAUGAUGCUGCAAUCUUUGAAACUGCACGCGGAUAAACUGAGCGGCAUAGCAGCAACAACAACAGCCAAGGACAACAACGAGCCAGUGGCCGGCGAAGUGCCAGCAACAGCAAUGCUAACGGCACCUGUUGCAAUGCUUCCUAAUGGUAUGCCCAAUGGCAAUGUGUAUAAUUUAAAUAACAGUGGCAAUUCAAAUAAUAAUAAUAAUAACAGCAGCAGCAGCAGCAGCAACAGCAGCAACAGUGUGGAUAAUAACAAUUUAAAUAACAAUAACAACAUACAGCUGCAACAGCAACAGCAGCAUCUGCAGCAGCAGCAGCAACAACAACUGCCGCCAGCAAAGUAUUUAGAAAAUCUGACACCCGCAACGGGCGCCAUUGCGGCCGCAACAACUUUUACAGGUGCGGCAAAAAGUUUUCAUCCCUACUCGCGCCCCAACACCAGUCCCAGCAAGCCACCAGCAACAGCAAUAAUGGCCACCUCGUCCUCAGCCGCGCCAACGACAAUUGCCAAAUCGGCAGCAGUGGCUGCUGCUGCCGGCCUGUCGGCAACAUUGUUUGAAACACUUUUGCAAAACCAAAUAAAUUCCAAUGCAACAACGGCCCUGCCACCACCGCCUCCAACAGCAGCAGCAGUGGCAGCAGCAACAACAACGGCUGCAACAGCAGCAACAUACACCGCGCCAACCACAGCGUUGCUGCUGAAUUCCAGCAUUAAUUCCAGAACUUCAUUAGCCGAACCGAAUGCUGCUCUCGGAGUUGGAGCCAAUGGCGAUUCCGACUCCACAAACAGCCAAAAUCGGGACAUGGAGCAGGACACGAGUCCAGCCGGUGUUUGUGGUGAGGAGAACGAAAAACAGCUGGCAACUGCCGAUGCUGCCAAGCUGGAGCCCAUGGAUACGGGCGGCAACGAACUGGCCAAGGAUCAACCCGAUGCGGACAAUAUUAAAAUGUUUGUGGGUCAAAUACCCAAGACGUGGGAUGAGACCAAGCUGCGCAAAAUGUUCGAGCAGUACGGUAGCGUGCACACCUUGAAUGUGCUGCGCGAUAAGGUCACAUCGAUUAGCAGAGGGUGCUGUUUUGUCACCUACUAUACCAGAAAGGCGGCGUUGAGGGCGCAGGAUGCGCUGCACAACAUCAAGACCCUGGACGGGAUGCAUCAUCCGAUUCAAAUGAAACCGGCCGACAGUGAAAACAGAAAUGAGCGUAAACUUUUUGUUGGCAUGCUGAAUAAAAAAUAUACCGAAGCCGAUGUGAGGCAGCUGUUUACGGGCCAUGGAACCAUCGAGGAGUGCACCGUUCUCAGGGAUCAGGUGGGCCAGAGCAAGGGCUGCGCAUUUGUAACAUUCGCAACGAAACAGAACGCCAUCGGAGCGAUCAAGGCGCUGCACCAAAGCCAAACAAUGGAGGGCUGCUCGGCCCCGCUGGUGGUUAAGUUCGCCGACACGCAGAAGGAGAAGGAUCAGAAGAAGAUGCAACAGCUGCACGCCAUCUGUGGCAUCAAUGCGCUGACACAGUCGCCCAGUGGCGUGGGCGCCGGCGCUGGCGCCAUACCCACACCCACAGCGAAUGCCAGCAAUGGGCUCAAUCAUGCCACGGCAUUGAUUGCUUCGCCGCCAACUGGGACGCGUGCGAAUCCCUCUAUGGCCGCCGCCUUGGCUGCCGUGGGUGCCCCGCCCCCACCACAGAGCGCAGCAGGUGCUGGCGCCCAAACGGCCCUGGUGCCCACAUCUGCUGCUUUGACUGCCACCUUGGCGCCGACUCUGCUCUCGAGCAAUCCGCAUCAGCUGGGCGCGCAUGCGCAUCAGGCGGCGCAUGGCCCGGGGGCGGCAACCGCCUAUCUGACGACAGAUCCGACGGGCGCUCUGCAGCUGUUCCAGCAGUUCCAGCAUCCGGCUUAUGGACUGCAUCCGGCCCACUAUCUGCAAGGGCCCCCCAGCGCUGAUGCCUAUGCGCCCACACUAAGUCCUUUGACCAAUGGAGCCAAUGGCGCCGCCGCGGCCUGUUAUGGCGCUGCCGCCCAACCGCUUAACGCCAGCGCCCUGCAGGCGGCUGCCGCGGGCGUGGCAGGCAAACAAAUCGAGGGACCCGAGGGCAGCAAUCUGUUCAUCUAUCAUCUACCUCAGGAAUUCGUUGACACCGAUCUCGCAUCCACAUUUCUGCCCUUCGGCAAUGUCCUGUCGGCCAAAGUGUUUAUCGAUAAGCAAACCAAUUUAUCAAAAUGCUUCGGUUUCGUCUCCUACGACAAUCCGCAUUCGGCCAAUGCGGCCAUACAAGCCAUGCAUGGCUUCCAAAUAGGCACAAAGCGCUUGAAGGUGCAACUGAAACGUUCCAAGGAUGCUGCAAAACCCUAUUAACCAUACACCGGAUACCCACAACACACAACACACAACCCAAAACCCACAACACACAACCCGCACACAACCAAUUACAUUGUGCCUUUUUUGUUAGCAAAGUUUGAAACCAAAGGACCAAUUACCAAUACAUAUGAGGAAAGGCCUAAAGCCAACUAAAUGUAUUAACUUUAUAGUGCAAAAACCAAAGAAGUACGUACGAGUCGCUCAAAAGUUGCAUUGUUGUUGAAAUCAAUUUUGCUGAAUAGGAAUUAAAACUGUUACGAGUAGCGCAUUAUUGAAAUGGUCGGCAAACUACAAAUCACAAGCUAUACUAUACAUAUAUACAUGUGUGAAGAGUGAAUCGGAAAGCGAAAGCGUCAAGUAUUUUCAAAGCCAAAUAGUUAAGCAAACCCAAAACGGAAACUUGUGUAUAAAUUCUAGAGUCAAACAUAAGUAGCGAAGCAAAAACGUAAAAAAAUGGCAAAUCAAAACAUAUAGUAAAUAGUUUAUGCUGCACAUCAAACUAUCACAAAAUGCAGUUUAGUUGAUUAGUUCUUAGCGCUUAGUUUAGAAAACCACAACUACAAAAAACAUAAAACUAAAAGUUACUUAGUAAGUAGGAUUAGUCUACUGCACACAACAUUCGAAAAUUCAAAGUAGGAGAGUCUGCAGGCCAAGUUGUGCAAAAAAACAGCUACUGUUUAACUUCAAAAACUAGUUCGCACGCUAAUAUUUUUGCAUUCUGUCUAGAAACAAUAAAUACACAAAUCUUUUAACGCUUUAUCCAUAAAUUAUUAGUGAGAUGGCACGAUCUUUAUUGUUCACUACGGCAGCACACACCUUAGUCAUUACAUAGUAGUCAAGUGCUUUGUAUAUUUUUGUAUUGAACUCCAACUUCACUUAUCACUUAUCACCCACCCUAAAUUCUUAAGUUUGUAAGACUCUAUACAUACAAACAUACAUAUACUAUAUACAUACAUAUAUAUAUAUAUAUAUAUAUUAACUUGAAGAAAAGUGCAAAAGCAAGAUGCGGAAAAGUGUACUUAAAUUGCACUGAAGUGGCCUUUUUAGAAGUAGAUUGGCGAGCAAGGCAAGCAAACUUUAUUUAAACUUAAUACUACAUUUAAAAUACAAGAAACUCUAGUGUCUUAAAGCUUUUCAGAUUUUACGUAAGCUAUACUUUAUUAAAGAUGUUCAUAUAUAACAAAUACAAAUAAACUUCAUAGCUUUUACUUAAAUAAAUAAUAAAAACAAAA